AUGCCACUGGCACCCCACACCCACCGGCUCCAUGAGCUCGCGAGGAAGAAGAGCACUGCGGUGUUCGCGUGCUUGGUCGACCUCACCAAGGCACACGAUUCGGUGGACCGAGACCUACUGUGGGACGUGCUCCGACGCUUCGGCGUGCCCCCGAAGAUGCUGGCGGUCAUUCGCCAAUUCCACGAGGGCAUGAGGGCGCGCGUCCGAACGGACGACGGGCAGUACUCGGAAUGGUUCGACGUGGGCCAAGGCCUCUGUCAGGGAUGCAACCUGGCCCCGCUGCUGUUCAACUUGUUCUUUGCCGCGAUGCUCAUGGUCGCCGUGGCCGAGUUCGACAAGGACCCCAUGGUGACGGCGGACAUGGUCAAGAUCGGGACACAAGUGGAGUACACGGGCAAGAAGGGCAGGUCGGCGGGGAAGAAGACGACGGUGGUGACGGACGCGGAGGCCUUGUGGGCCAUGCUCUACGCGGACGACGCGGCCAUCGUCUCGUGCUCGCCGGAGAGUCUCGAGAAGAUGAUGUCGGUCAUCGUGCGCGUGGCCGGCCUGUUCGGACUGAUGGAGAUCAUGUGCAUGCUGCCGAAAGGGAUCGAGGAACGCCCGUUCACGCUCAGCGCCGCCGGCCAGACGUACAAGCAGACAGAUCGGUUUGUGUACCUCGGACGUACCAUCUCCGCGGACGGGAAGGCCGACCGGGAGAUCACGAGCCGCAGCUGCCGAGCGUGGAAGUGCUACCGCCGGAACAGUGCUUCGAUGUACGACAGGCGACGGGCCAACCGCCAGCUCAAGAUCCGGCUUCUCCAGGCUGAAGUGGUGGAGACUCUCCUGUAUGGGUGCGCCUCGUGGAGCCUAACAGCGGAGCACUACACGAAGCUCAAUGGGACCCACCGCCAGUUCCUUACACGGUGCAUCGGCUGGAGCAAGCGGAAACGCUCAGACCGCCCCCUGUCCUAUGCCCAGGCCCUCAUCCAGGCAGGCUGCGAGGAAACCAUCGAGGCCACCGUGCGCCAACGGAGACUGUGUUUCGGGGGCUUUGUCAUGCGCAUGGAGGACAGCCGCCUCCCCAAGCGCAUGCUGUUAGGAGCGAUGGCGGGGGGCGUGGGAUACCGGGGCGGGCAGGAGAGCGACUGGGUGUCUCGUCUAGGAGAGGACCUCGUGGCCUUCAACAUGGGAGACGAAAAGGAAGGGGGGAAAUGGAAAGAGAGCGCCAAGAACUCGGAGGUGUGGUACAACAAGGUCGAGGACGGGGCGGCAUGGUUCAUGAGGAAAUGGCACAGGCAGGAGGCGGAAGCGUCCGCGAAGCGCCAGCGCGCGAGGGAAAGCAGAAGCAGAGAGUACGGCCAUCUCAGGACCGAAGACAAAGAGAGCCGGGGAAGCGUCGGUGGGGGGGAAGAAACGGCCACCGGGCACUGCUGUAGAACCUAGUAGGGCGGCCGAGGCAGCACUUGUGGCGAACUAUG